CACCUUACCACCGUGUCUUCUUGAGCACCGUCUCUGGUGACAACAUGGACUUCUACGUUUGCUGUUUACUUUUCGUAACCUCGUUUGGUAUGGCUGAAAAAAUGAUAAAUAGAAAAGAAGACUUGCAAGAGAAAAGGAUUGUGGUAGAUUUGGGCUAUGAUAGACACUACAUGAGCUCGGGAAGCAGCUAUAUAGACGGUGGAGGCGGCUACAGUAGUGGAGGAAAAGUCUACAACAGUGCUGGGGGAGGCAGUUAUGGUAUUGAGGGAGGUGGUGGAGGCAGCUACUUCAAUGGAGCCUUUAGCAGUGGAGGAAGCGCAGUUAGUGGUGGGGGAGGUAGUUACGACAUUGGGGGAGGCUCACAUAGCAGCGGCGGAGGCGGCUACAUAAAUGGGGGAGGAGCCCUUAGUAGCGGAGGAAGCGCAGAUAGUGGUGGGGGAGGUAGUUACGACAUUGGGGGAGGCUCACUUAGCAGCGGUGGAGGCGGCUACAUAAACGGAGGAGGAGCCGUUAGCAGUGAAGGAAGCGCAGUUAGUGGUGGUGAAGGCAGUUAUGGGAUUGAAGGAGGCUCACUCAGCAGCGGGGGAGGUGGUUACAUCAGUGGGGAAGGAAUCCUUAGCAAUGAAGGAAGCGCCCAGAGCAGUGGUACAGGCAGUGGUCACAGCAGCGGCGCGGGAGAAGAAGACGCGAGAGCCACGCGACUCGGUGGCAGCCCCAUCACACAGAUCCAAAUCACCCAGAAGGAGUACGUGAUCGUGGAGAAGCCAUACCCGGUGCACGUGGAGAAGAUCGUGCCGUACCGGGUGGAGGUGAAGGUGCCCGUGCGCGUCGAGAAGCCCUACCCGGUGCCGGUGGACGUGCCAUUCGCCGUGCCGGUGGGGAAGGACGUGCCCUACCCGGUGGAGCGACAGGUGCCGUACCCCGUCAGGCAGCACGUGGCGCUGGCGGUACCGACGCCCUACAAGGCGUCCGUCCCCGAGCCCGUCGUCGCCAAGGCCGAGCAGACGGAGACCGCCGCCGUGCCGUACCCCGUGUACCUGCACAGGGAGGUGCCAGUGCUCGUGCACAAACAGGGCGCCAUCUCGGAGAGUCACAUGUCGGGCGAUUUUGGGGGCUACCAGCUCAAAAUACACCACUGAUCUUCCAAAAAAAAACAUAUCAUGACAAUGUAGUAAUAAGGAGCAGAAGAACAAAAUAACAUUUUUCCUUUUUGCCUGUUAGGCACAUUGUAAGAAUUUUACUGCAAAUUUAUCAUAGAAUAUCUUGCUGUGCUUAAGUUCAAAUGUAAUGUUAAAAGUGAAUACACUUUUGCUAAAUGUUAUUUUUCAUUAUAGAAAAUCUUACAUUUAUGUUAACAAAUAGAUCAAGUAUAUUCCCAAGUCGAAAAUGUAUGAAAAAUUAUAAUCUGGCACACAAUAUUUAUAUCUCAUUCUCUCGCCACUUCUAUUAUUUAAGAGCUAUUUGUGUUAUUUUAAAACUCUCCUUAGUUUUUAUGUCACAAAUAUCUGCAAUAUUGAUUUUUAAAAACGUGAAUAUAAAAUGUCUUGUGUGUUACUCAAUUGAUAUCAAUAACAACGUAGAGUUGUACGACGUUUAACACCCAUGAUAUUACACUUAGUAAUUAUCUGUUGAGAAUAUUAGUGACUAAAAACAAUGCAAUGAAGUUAUUGUAUUAAAAUAUCAGAAAUGGCCCUUUAAUAAAAGUAACGAAGAUAAAAAAAAUGAACAUUUUAAGUGAGACCGAGCUCUAAGUGCAGUACAUUGAAUUAAAUUUUGGCAGUUUUAAACAACAAAAAAUAAGAUGGCUGAAUUUUGAAUUGCAUGUACUAGUUGAAACCAUUUUUUUUGAUUUAGUCAGCCUUUGCUUAUUUUUUUUUAUCUAGGUUGCCUUAGAAAACACAUAAUUUCAGCCAGGUUCAAAAUAACAACAAAACUAAGCAAACCAUUGCAUCUGGCCGCAGUAUUACAAGCAGCGGUGCAGCAAAGAGGUACGCACGGGUGGCGCGCGCAAUCAACACAGACACAUUAAUUAUUCCUGUAUGCAGUAAGACGAUCUUGACAAAUAUUGUGUCCUAGUACAGAUAAUUAUCAUGUAUUUUAAAACUAUCGCACAUAGUGGCGUAUAAAGUUUUUGGGACAAGUACCACAUACACAAUUAUUCUUUAAACACUCACCGUGCUUUUGAACAUCGAAUAGGACUAAUUUUAGUUGUCUAAGCUACAAUAUGACUACGUUAUAUAGGUGCUUCUGGUAUGCAAUGCGUUGGUCAGAUGCGGCACUUAAUUGCAUGAUAUAAUGUUUAGAUAUACUGUUUAGACCUACACAGAAGCUACAAACAUACUUUCUGCGCCUAAUAGCGCAAAUGCAGAUUAAUUCGUAAUUUUUUUUAAAUUAGUGUAUGCUUUAAUUCUAAGUAGUUUUUCAUUGAUUUUGGACACUAUCCUUUAUGUAGCCAUUCAUUGGUUUUUUAAUUAUUAAUAAUUAAAAUUAAUUCAUUGUUUUUAUCUGGCUGUCUGAUUUCUGUUGGCGAUAUAAACCAAAGAAAUGUGAUAUUUAUUUACUCAAAACCUUUACCGUACAUCGCUGAUUGUGUAUUUGUAUUUUGACAAAUGAAAUGACUUUGCUAUUAAAGUAAUGAAAUAAAAAUAAUAUUAAAUGUUAUUUAAAACUUU